AGCCGCUGUCAGUGCCUGCAGCAACAGGCUCUCGAUUGGUCAAUGCAAACAGUGAUCCUCAGGUUUGCGCUCACCAUGGGGCACUUUGUAUCUACCCAUCUGUCAGGCUUCUCUAUAUGUGUAUACAAUGUCAUAUAAACAUGGAUCCUCCAAUGUUCGGUAAGGCAUCAGUUCAGCUCUUGGAUGGUGAACUCUGAAACAAUCCUGGACAAUCAUGGCACUGAUGACAUUGAGAGUGGUCGUGGAAAACGCAGACGUACUGCAAAUACUCGUUACAACAAUUUUUGGCAACAUUGAUAGUGUUCUACGCAUUUUUUUUUCACUCGAAAUAGCUUUGAUUUGUUGGGCCUGUGACGGUGUGACGAAGUUAGCUAACAUCAUCUUGUCUGCAUGUAGCAUUGGUCGUGGAAAAUUUGCAAUUGAAAGUCCCAAACAUAAGACACGCACUGGGCAACCUUCUUCCCCCUCGGAGGCUUCAUCUAUGAUGGGUGCAAGCAAUGGAGAGUCUCGUAGCCAAAGUUCAGAUGACUCUGAUUCGAGUUUAGAUGCUAAUGAAGACACUGAAUAUAUGGAGGAUAAAGAUGGGUCAGACAUUGACCGGGAACUCGAGAUGGAUGCCUUGGAUGAUGAAGACUUUGGCUUUCAACGAGCUUUUUGUGACCAGUAUCCCGUUGGACCAUUUUUGCCUGUCAGUGCUCCUGCAUUGUGGCAUGUCAUGGAGAACUUCCCUUAUAUGAGUCGUAAUGAUUAUGCUGCUAUCGCCGGCGCACAUUUUUGUGUCAAUAAUCUCGUGGUCUUUGAACUUUUAAAGACACCUUGGCAAUACUUUGCGCACCAGAUGAUGCCUGAUCCAUUUUCAGUACCUUUGCAGCCAGUGACUCGCUCACAAGUUCCUUGGCUCAAGGGUGUUCUGGUGAACAAUCCUUUGGUAUCUAAGUCUCCACGCCAACCCAUUAAUUCUUUGGCCAAUUUCCAAUAUUACGUGCAUGAAUGGCUGCCACCUGUGAUAUGCUCAGCAUUCUCUGAAGCUUCAAUUUAUGAUUUGAUGUUGGUUUCUCGUGCACGUGUGUCACAAAUUGUACAUCAUUAUGCCUACAAAUCAUCUUUUGCGUUGCAUUGGACUGCAGAAGAGACUUCUCAGCAAUAUAACAAAGGAAACAUCACGUAUCAGCACAGUGGUGUGUCUUAUAGCCAAGAGAACAUGGAUUCGUUGUUUGAUGAUGCAGAUGGUAAUGUGGACUGCGCCAUUCCACGUGCAUUACAGAUCUGCCAUCUGCCUGCGGAUGUAGAGAGUUCAGACGACGUUGAUGAUCACGUUGAAGUGACGGAUGGCUGUGGUUCUGUCGAGGCUGAUGUGACUGAGUAUGUCAUGGAGGCCAUGGGGUAUACCAAAGGCGGUUUCUAUCAUAGUGGGAGGACACGACAACAGUAUUUGUCUAUGGAAGCCCAAGUGAAAAACCUUUUGUUGCAAGAUGAUUUGCCUUUUCGAGUCGAUGCCAAUUUUGCUUUCAUUUGUUGGAAUAUGAUCCAAAAGAAAGAGGAUUUAAAGGAUAUUGCACCUACCUUCACGCUUUUGGCUGAAAAGUGGAGUCAUUCUACUGGAAGUUCACCAUCAACAACAGAAGAAAAGAAAGCUGCCCGCAUUCUCCGAUGUCUACAAGCCUCUACGAAAUUUCUUCGAGGUAGUGCUGGCUACAAGCUAUGUCGUCGUAAUGAAAUUCGCGCAUUGAUGAAGAAAUUUUGCACUCCUGCAAUUUUCGUGAUAGUCAAUCCUCAUGAUCUGACGAGUAGUGUGAUUCCUGUGCUCACUGGAAUCGAAUUAAAUGAUUGGAUGGUGAUGGGGUCCUUUGAGCGCACCAAAGUAGUAGCAGAACGACCAGAUGCUGCUGCUAUCGCAUUUGACAUGCAAAUAAAGGCUUUCAUUGAUAUAAUAAUAAGAUAUAAACAUGGCCCUGAGCGAUAUACUGCAGAUGUCAAGAAACCAUCACAAGGCAAACAGGAUAUGGAUCCUCAUCUAGAGAAACAACCACAGUUAGCGGAAUUGGAUGAUCAAUCAUUUCAGAUGUGCUUAGACAGCAAACUUCAGGAACAGACAAUGAUAGAUGAAGAAACUGGUUUCAUUGAACUCCAGCGCUGGCACGGGCAUGUUAAUAGCUUCACUGAUUUGAUACUAUACCUGAUGCAAUGUAACACGGACACACAAUUUAUUGGUUCAGGAGAAGCAGCAAAAGCCGCAGUAUUUUAUAUCACAGAGUACAUCACAAAGGGAGAUGUUCCAAUGUAUGUUGGUCUCCAGGCAUUGGAUUAUGCAACUAAAAUGCAUGAGGUUAAAUAUGUCGGCACAACAGAUAUGAAUGAUACUCGCAUUGCUCAAAAAUUGAUUACAAAAUCUGUCAAUGCGAUGAUGGGUCGUCAGGAAAUGUCCCAUCAACAAGUUAUGAGUUGUUUAGUAGGUGGAGGGGAUCAUUACACCAGUCAUACCUUUCAAGUGUUCAAAUGGUUCGAAUUUACUAAUGCGGUAGACAAGUUCGAAUGCGACCUGCAUAAAUCGGACAAUCAAGGUGUUGAGAAUGACAACGAACCAAUGUACAUUGAAGAGGCAGUCACUGUUGACAUUUCAGCGGAAGCUGUGGACUUUGCAAGCGACAUUCAAGACUAUAUUUGUCGACCAGAGGAUGAAAAUUUUGGGCAUGUCUGCCAUUGGGAAUUUGUCGAAUACACUAUCAAAGUCAAAGGCAAAAUCAUUGAUCAAAACACCAGUGCUGCCAUUCCACGACCAGAUGGUUCGACAGAAGACUAUGAGAUAUAUUGUCGGGCUAUAUUGUUGUUGUUUACACCUUGGCAUACUUUUGAAGAACUGAAAAACGCAAAUGAUACAUGGGCUGAUACAUUUGAGCGACAGACUUUCGCACUGGAUUUAUGUAAGAUCAUUCACAAUAUGCACGUGGAGAACGAGUGUAAAGACGCACGAGAUGCUCAUGCUGCGUUGGUUAUUGCAGAUCAAGCUAAACCACACAAAUUUGGGUUCACGGGUACAGAGGAGGAUAAUGUCGAAGAGGAUAUGACGGCCUUUGAUGAGGCAUUAUUCGCUAACACUGCUUUAGACCCCGAUGAGGUGGAAGGAGGGGAGACUUACACACCAGAAACUAAGAUUGACACAACCAAGCACAUUGGAGAUAUCUGGGCAUGUCUGCACUUGGCGAAAGAUGGCGGAUUGCUAACAGCCGCUAUCAAUGAGGACCACGCACACAUUAGCCAAUUACAAGGGCCAAAUGAACAACUCACGGAGCAGGCUUGA